AUGAAAAAGCUAAUUUAUACAGCCUCACACGGGGUCGGAAAAUUAGUUGAAGAAUCACUUUUUAAUGGGGCUUCAGAAGGAACUGGAGUUGUUAACAUUCUUAUAUGGGGAAGAAAUGUGAUUGGAUAUAAUCUUCCUCCGGAAAUUAUUGACUACUUCAUCAGAACCCAAAACAAUUUGUUUGGUUCGUACCCUAACAGUGACGAUAAGACACCCAGUAUAGUCUUUGCUGUACUUUUUGCAGUAAUCUUCAUCAUCCAUAUAAUCAUUUUCAUCAUCAAUACUUCCAGAGGACACUACUUUUACUUGUCACUUGUGUGGAUCUUUUACUCUGCCAUGAAGAUUAUUGGAUUUGGAUUGCGAGCUCAAUGGUCUAAUGAUAUAACUCAAAUCACUCUUGGGUUGACGAGUGAAAUUUUCUUGAUUGUGCCGGCAAUUAUUAUUGUUUCAGCAAACUUGAUUUUAACACAAAGGCUAUUUACAUGGAGACACCCAGUUGGUGGUUCACGUUUGUUGUUUUGGAAUUUCAUGAUUUCAAUUUACGGACUCGUUCUCAUUCUUUUAGCAAUAACUAUAGUUGCAUCAGUGGUUCCGUACAUGUACAACAUUAGCUACAGCUCCUACAGGAACUGGAUCCACACCGUCCAGUUUACGGCAGUCUUGAUCAUUGCAUACUCGUUGACUUCGGUUGCAUUGAUUGGAUUGAGUUUUUGGUUGCCAACAAAAAAGGAUGAGUUGAGAUAUACUUAUCAACCGUGGUGGAUUGAAAGUUUUGCUCCACUUUACUUUGUGGAGAAGAAUGCUGCCCAGAAGGCAGAGCGUGGGUUCAUGAAGAGAAACUCCAACCACAGACAUGCUACACGAGUCAUUGCUGCCACUCAUCAUCACUUCCACAGUGUCAAGGGGUUGACCAAUCAAAGAGGUACUCUCAAACACAAUGUAUCUAUGGGAAUCCUUAUUGUAACCACCAUACUUAUUCUUGUUGGUGCUAUUGGAAGAGCUAUAGUUGUCUUUCAAGCUAGACAACAUCGUUUUGCUAGUCCGGCUGAAAGUAAGUGGUUCAUGUAUGUUGUGUGGGGAGUUUUUGAAGUGAUCAUUAUGAUAUUCUACAUUGUUGGCAGAGUUGACCUUCGCUUCUACCGUCCUGAUAGGUUGCCAUUGGAGGUUAGACGCAUCAUUACUGCUGAACAAACCUACUAUCCAAGUUCUGACGAAGAUGAAGAAGGGUUCCAUAGAGACAAACCUGAAACAUACGAGAAGAUGCGUCGUGAUGAGAUUGCCCAUGGCUACAAGAAUUCAGAGUCAAGAAUGGAACCAGCACACUUGUAUGGACGUGAACCAGACUAUGAAAUGGGAGAUGAAAAAGAAUCACAAUUUGAUGAUGAUGAAUUUGAUGACGUUGAUUCUAAUGACUGGGACUUUACUGUGCCCAAAAAUGAAAAAGAAAGCAGCGGCUCAGAGGAAUUCAAUGGAGGUGACUAUGCCCACAAAUAUGAUAAUAAAGCUUACAACCACGAAGGCCAGGAGAGUAUAAAUCAUCAGAGCUACGAUGAUGGACGGUACAAUAACCAUGAUCAACAUGCACAUGCUCCCUACCCCACGAAUAAUGACGUUCGGGAAACAGAUGCAGAUUCAGAGUUCCACUUUUAG